UCGUCUUACAUAUGCAGGGGCGCUUGAGAUAUGCGGAAAGCAACUUCUAGCAAUAAACCAAAAAUCCACUAAACUCGUAAACGACCUCGUGUUGUUUUACAUAUUACAGUUUUAUUCAAAUAUGAGCAUAAGAAAAACCAGAAUGCCACCUCUGCAUAUUUUUUGUCACGUGAGAAUAGCUCUCGAAGGCUACAAAUAGUUAAUGAUCACGUCGAAAACAACCCUCAACUAUCAGGUUGUAACGAGAGUUCUGUCCGAUUUUUGAGCCGAAAAUGUUGAACAAGAUUUAAUUAAGUUCUAUCUCUAUCUGAUGUUUAGUCAUGCCAACAUAAGUAAUACAUCACUUUUACUUUCAGGAUAUAGGAACAUUAUUUAAGAAAACGCUCUCAAACUGACCCCAUGUUUGAUCCGACUAAAGAACACAUUCGUCAUGUCAUGCUCUACGAGUUUCAUAGAGGGAUCAACGCAAGUGCAGCAGCAAUAUUUAUCCAGAACACUUAUGGUGUCGAUGGAGUAAGUGAAAGAACUUGUAGGAGGUGGUUUUCCCGUGUCAAAAAUGGGGACUUUGGUUCAAAGGAUGAGCCAAGAGAGGGUCGUUCAAGUGGACUCGAUUCAGAGGCACUGAAAGCAGCUGUUGCAGCAAAUCCUGCCAUUACAGUUAGGGAUCUUAGCGAACAAUUCAAUGUUAGCCAUAUGACCGUCCAUCGCGAAUUGAAAAGGCUUGGAAAAGUGUUAAAGGUUGGAAAAUGUUUCCCACACGACCUGUCUGUAGAAAAUCGCCAACAACGUGUCGAUUACUGUGAGGUAUUGCAUUCACUUCAGAACCAACUGCCAUUUUUGGACAGAGUUGCUACUGGGUAUGAGAAAUGGAUCCUUUGUCAUAAUGUUAAGCGCCGUCGUCUGUGGCUAAGUCGUGGUAAUAGACUUGCCCAGCAGCCGAGAGGGAUACUUGCAUCCAAGGAAGAUCAUGUUGAGUGUAUGGUGGGAUAUGCAAGGAAUUGUCCAUUAUGAACUGUUAAACAAUAAGCAGACAAUCACAGCAGAGGUUUACUGCCAACAACUGCGGCGUUUGAAAACAGCUUUGGACAAAAAACGCCCGUCCUUAGCAAACAGAAAAGGGGUCAUUCUUCACCACGAUAAUGGACGUCCCCAUACCGCGCGAAUAACCAAGGAUCUCCUAGAGGAACUUGGCCGGGAAAAAUUGCUUCACCCACCAUAUUCUCCCGACCUUGCUCCUUCUGACUAUCAUUUGUUUAGGAGUUUAUAAAAUCAUUUGGGUGGACUUAGACUAACUUCAAGAGAGGGGGUCGAAAAUGAGUUAAUCUCUUAUUUCGGGUCAAAACCUAAGGAAUUUU